GGGUGACCCACUCCCACCCCCUUUCAUGGCCAUAGCUCCCAUCCCAACAGCCGCCCACCUCAAAACUCACCCACCAAUCUACCAUUGUCUUUCCUCCUUUCUCCCAAGUUUUCUGGGAAUUACACUCUGCCAUUUCCACUAUCCAUUCUCAAUUUCUUCAUCCAUUCCCUUUUCCUUCUCUCAAUUUCAGAAACAAUCCGUGUGUUGAAGAGAUAGGGAUAAGAUCGAUUGAGGGACAUGGGUGGGAUGACAUCAUCAAUGGCGGCGAAAUUCGCUUUCUUCCCGCCUAACCCACCUUCAUAUAAGCUAGUAAAAGAUGAUCUCACUGGUUUAUUGCUUCUUAGCCCUUUUCCUCAUCGCGAAAAUGUCGAAGUUCUCAAAUUAACCACUCGUCGUGGAUCGGAGAUUGUUGCUAUUUAUGUGAGACAUCCCAUGGCUACUUCUACUGUCCUUUAUUCUCAUGGAAAUGCUGCGGAUCUAGGUCAGAUGUAUGAGUUGUUCAUUGAACUCAGUAUUCGAUUAAGAGUUAAUCUCAUGGGGUAUGACUAUUCGGGAUACGGACAAUCCUCCGGGAAGCCAAGUGAGAAUAACACGUAUGCAGAUAUCGAAGCUGUUUAUAAGUGUCUCGAGGAGAGCUACGGAACUAAACAGGAAGAUGUCGUUCUUUAUGGCCAAUCCGUUGGAAGCGGGCCCACUUUGGAUCUUGCGGUUCGUCUUCCUCGCUUAAGAGCCGUUGUACUUCAUAGUCCUAUACUCUCGGGAUUAAGAGUCAUGUAUCCCGUUAAACGCACAUACUGGUUUGACAUUUAUAAGAACAUUGACAAAAUCCCGUUUGUCGAUUGUCCUGUGCUUAUCAUUCAUGGCACUGCCGAUGAAGUGGUUGAUUUCUGCCACGGGAAGCAACUGUGGGAGCUGUCGAAAGAGAAAUACGAACCACUUUGGAUCAAAGGCGGAAACCACUGUGAUUUAGAGUUGUAUCCCGAAUACAUCCGCCAUCUAAAGAAGUUCAUAUCGACAGUCGAGAAAUCACCGUCACACCGGCACAGCAGUUCUCGGAGGAGCACCGACCACCACUUUGAGCCGCCAAGGAGGAGCACCGACGUGUUUGAGGCAUCGAGAAAGAGCACCGAUCGAAGAGAGAAACCCCGGAAAAGCACAGAGAAAGUGAAGACACAAUCAGUCGAGAAAAUGAGGAUGUCGUUUGAUCAAAUCGAGAGGUCGAGAAGGAGCGUGGACGUGAUUGAAAAAUCGAGAAAAAGCGUGGAUCUUCAACAGCUCGAAAGAGGUAGAAAGAGCGUUGAUCGGAUGGAUAGAGUACGCGAACUCGGGAGCUCGCGAUUUGAUGUUAUUUAACCGAAAAACUGUAAAAUUCAAUGGUUGGUUUGAUGUUGUUUGGGUGGCAUAUGUUCUAUUUCAUAUCAUCUUGCUUUCAAAUGCUACAUGAAAUGAGAAAGGUAAAAGGUUGUGGUGGUAUAUAAAUAUUUGGUUAUUUC